CUUGACCCUGUCCCUGGAGAAGCGGGUACAACCUUCAUACGUCCUCCCUUCACUGAUUUCCCUGGCUCGGAGAACUACAAGGGUGGUCUGACGUACCCAAUCCUGGCCAACAAUGCGGAGUGGUUCCUCGACGUCAAGGACUUCAUCGGUCCGAACUCGGUUGCGUACCCCACUCAGCUGGAGCCGCCCAGGGGCUGGUGCCCGGCCAAGAAAAAGGAUGUCAAGGACGGUUGGAAGGAAGGGGAGGAACCUCGUCUCCGCUGCACGUUCUGUCGCCGCACGUACGCAGGGGUAAACGCGAAGAGCAUGUGGAGGCGCCAUGUUUACGAGAAACAUAAGGUCCCCAUGGCGAAUCGUCGCGAA